GGGGACGGACUGACUGACAAUACCGGUAAGAUCACAGGUGACCUGAGAAUUAAUCUUAAGGAGGAAUGACCCAGCUCAUGCAAGAAAUACAGCCGCUAUUGAUAAAGCAAUUUCCAACAGCGGGAGAUGCGGUGCCGACUGUGGCUUAAGCAUAAUCUUCCCUGCUAUGGUCUACUUCCCUCCCAGUACCUAUCUUAUCAGCAGUCCAAUCAUACAGUACUAUAAUACCCAAUUUCUUGGUGAUCCCACCAAUUAUCCAACGAUUCCCGCAGCUGCCAGUUUUGUCGGUCUAGGGGUGAUCACAUCUGAUGUCUAUGUUGGAGACCAACAGGAAUGGUAAGAUUCUGAAAUAGA